CAGAGAGAGAGAGAAGGAAAGAGAGAGAGAGAGUGUGUGAGAGAGAGUCUGUUUUGGUCUUCUUCUCCAUCAUCUUCGUUCUAAACCCAUGCAUCACUGGUCCCUCUUAUAAUCAUGAGUUUCCUUUUACCAUCAUUACCUUCAAAAGACUUCUUCGUCUCUCUCUCCCUCUCUGACAAAACACAAGCUUAUCUAUCUCUAUAUAAAGCUUACUUUCCCAUUGUGUGUUACUCAGCUCAUUGUGCAGAAUAAAACGAGAAGAAGAUGUGUCUGAGAUCUUCAGAAUCAUUCCCAGGCACACGCACACCCACGAUGACAUCAGCUUCGCGCCACAACAAACGUAAACCUAAGACACAAAUCCAUCUCCGUGUCCUUAGUCUCACCAGGAGGAGAAGAAUACUGAGGGCAGAGAAGGAGAUGGAGAUGAGAAACAUGAAGCUUUUUCUAGAGAAUCAAAGCAUCAUACGAGAGAAUGAGGCCCUAACGAAGAAAGCUCUUCUUCUCCACCAAGAAAACAAUGCUCUCUUCUCUCUGCUUCAUCCAUAACUCUCCCCUGUUUCAUCCUCCUUCCUCAAGUGAUGUUCAUGAAACAUGUUUCUUUAUUACGUUUGUUUCUCGUCUUCUCUACUAAAAUAAAAUAAACCUCAGGCUCCGGACCCAAGUUAGAGCCUAGAUUCAUCUAUGUACUAAGUAUUAAUAUAUAUAUAUAUAUCCAUGAUCAUCAUGUUCUUUUA